GACUCCCUCGAAGGAAAUACCAAUACCACAGAUUGACUCACCAACUGGCCAUCGCGCGCUACACGAGAACACACACGCCCGACAACCCCAGCUUUAUCAGACUCCAUUUUCAAGAUGGCCGACUUUGAUGCAAUUGGCAAGCAGUUCGUCGAGUACUACUAUGCGACCUUCGACAGGAACCGUGCCGAGCUUGCGGCGCUCUACCGCGACCAGUCCAUGCUCACAUUCGAGGCCCAGGGCAUCAUGGGAGCCCCGGCUAUCGUAGAGAAGCUCCAGAACCUCCCAUUCCAGCAGAUACAGCACCGUACCGACACUGUCGACUGCCAGCCCGUGGAUGAGAACGGCAUCGUUGUUCUGGUCACCGGCGCACUUUUGGUCGAGGGUUCUGACAAGCCCAUGUCCUUCACCCAGGUCUUCCACCUCAGGAAGGAUGCUGAGCAGUGGUUUGUCUUCAACGACGUCUUCCGCCUCGUCUACCCCGCCGCGUAAAUCAUGACACGAUCGUCACGGCACCCCUGACACGUUUCUUUGAGAUUUUGGAGCAUUUGGCGGCAGGCGGCGAAAACACGGCAGCAGGAGGGAAUGUAAGAACAUGGCUCAGGAUCUGUUCUGGGAAGGUUGGUGCGCGCCUUCGCUGUGCCGGGUGUCUCUUUUGGACGUAGUGCUACUCAUGUUAGAUUGACUGAAUGUAUUUCGAGACUGAGCAUCGUUUCAGCCUCUCCCCC